AUGGCGAUGAAUGUUAUGAUGUUCCACGUGACUGUCCAAGAUAACAACAACAUCGUUGUGUCUUUAGAAGCUUCUGAUAUAGUCAGCCCAACAUCUGUGUACGUUGUGAGGGUAGCUGGCGAAUCCAAAAACUAUUUCUUCGAAUUUGAGGAAUUCAACAGCACGUUGCCUCCUCCCGUGGUCUUUAAGGCCACGUAUCAUGGUCUUUAUUACAUAAUCACUCUGGUGGUAGUCAACGGGAAUGUGGUCACCAAACCAUCCAGAUCCAUCACUGUGUUGACAAAACCCUUGCCUGUCACCAGUGUGUCUAUCUAUGACUAUAAACCUUCUCCUGAGACAGGAGUCCUGUUUGAAAUCCAUUAUCCGGAAAAAUACAAUGUGUUCAGCAGAGUGAACAUCAGCUACUGGGAAGGGAGGGACUUCAGGACCAUGUUGUACAAAGAUUUCUUUAAGGGGAAAACGGUGUUUAAUCACUGGCUACCAGGAAUAUGUUACAGUAACAUUACUUUCCAGCUGGUGUCAGAGGCAACUUUUAAUAAAAGUACCCUUGUGGAGUACAGUGGUGUGAGCCAUGAACCCAAACAACACAGAACAGCGCCAUACCCUCCCCGGAAUGUCUCUGUUCGCUUCGUCAACUUGAACAAGAACAACUGGGAAGAGCCUAGCGGGAGCUUCCCUGAGGACUCGUUCAUCAAACCCCAAGACUCAAUAGGAAGAGACAGACUCUUCCAUUUCCCCGAAGAAACUCCGGAGACUCCCCCCAGCAAUGUGUCUUCCGGUUGGCCGGACCCAAAUAGCACGGAGUAUGAAAGCACAUCUCAGCCUUACUGGUGGGACAGUGCAUCUGCAGCCCCUGAAAACGAGGAGGACUUUGUCAGUGUGCUGCCAACCGACUAUGACACUGAGGCCACACUCGGCAGGACAGAGAAGCCCACACCCGACCCUUUCUCUGCCUUCCCUGUGCAGAUGACUGUGAGCUGGUUACCACCCAAACCGCCUACAGCCUUCGAUGGCUUCAAUAUCCUCAUAGAGAGGGAAGAGAACUUUACUGACUAUUUGACAGUGGAUGAAGAAGCCCAUGAAUUCGUUGCAGAACUGAAGGAGCCUGGGAAAUACAAACUCUCAGUGACAACCUUUAGUUCCUCAGGAGCCUGUGAGACUCGGAAAAGCCAGUCAGCAAAAUCGCUCAGCUUCUAUAUCAGCCCCACAGGCGAGUGGAUUGAAGAACUGACCGAGAAGCCACAGCAUGUGAGUGUCCAUGUCUUGAGCUCAACCACAGCCUUGAUGUCAUGGACAUCUUCCCAGGAGAACUACAACAGCACCAUCGUGUCUGUGGUGUCCCUGACCUGUCAGAAACAGAAGGAGAGCCAGCGUCUGGAGAAGCAGUAUUGUACCCAGGUGAACUCAAGCAAACCUGUAAUUGAGAACCUGGUUCCCGGUGCCCAGUACCAGGUUGUGAUGUACCUAAGAAAAGGGCCUUUGAUUGGGCCACCUUCUGAUCCUGUGACAUUUGCCAUUGUUCCCACUGGGAUAAAGGAUUUAAUGCUCUACCCUUUGGGUCCCACGGCAGUAGUACUGAGCUGGACCCGACCUUACCUUGGAGUCUUCAGAAAAUAUGUGGUUGAAAUGUUUUACUUCAACCCUACCACGAUGACCUCAGAGUGGACAACCUACUACGAGAUCGCGGCGACCGUCUCCUUAACGUCGUCCGUGAGAAUAGCAAACCUACUGCCGGCGUGGUACUACAACUUCCGCGUAACCAUGGUGACCUGGGGAGAUCCGGAAUUGAGCUGCUGUGACAGUUCCACCAUCAGCUUCAUAACAGCCCCUGUUGCUCCGGAAAUCACGUCUGUGGAGUACUUCAACAGCCUGCUCCACAUCAGCUGGACCUACGGGGACACCACCACUGACCUGUCCCACUCUAGGAUGCUGCACUGGAUGCUCGUUGCAGAAGGGAGGAAGAAAAUUAAAAAGAGUGUGACACGCAAUGUCAUGACAGCCAUCCUUAGCCUGCCUCCAGGCGACAUCUACAACCUGUCGGUCACGGCGUGCACUGAGAGGGGGAGUAACACCUCCAUGCUCCGCCUUGUCAAGCUAGAGCCGGCCCCUCCGAAGUCACUCUUCGCAGUGAACAGAACACAGACAUCGGUGACCCUGCUGUGGGUUGAGGAGGGUGUGGCUGAUUUCUUCGAAGUCUUCUGUCAGCAGCUCGGCUCUGGACAAGAUGGCAAACUCCAGGAACCCAUAGCUGUUUUCUCCCAUGUGGUGACCAUCUCCAGCCUCCUCCCGGCCACCGCCUACAACUGCAGUGUCACCAGCUUCAGCCACGACAGUCCCAGUGUCCCUACGUUUAUAGCUGUCUCCACAAUGGUUACAGAGGUGAACCCUAACGUGGUGGUGAUCUCGGUGCUGGCCAUCCUUAGCACACUUUUAAUUGGACUGCUAUUAGUGACCCUUGUCAUUCUCAGAAAGAAGCACCUGCAGAUGGCUAGGGAAUGUGGAGCUGGCACGUUUGUCAAUUUUGCAUCCUUGGAGAGGGAAGGGAAACUUCCCUACAGUUGGCGUAGGAGUGUGUUUGCUUUCUUAACCCUGCUGCCUUCAUGUCUUUGGACUGACUAUCUUUUGGCAUUCUAUAUUAACCCUUGGAGUAAAAAUGGCUUAAAGAAGAGGAAACUGACAAACCCUGUUCAACUGGAUGACUUUGAUUCUUACAUCAAGGAUAUGGCCAAAGACUCUGACUAUAAAUUCUCUCUUCAGUUUGAGGAGUUGAAGUUGAUUGGUCUGGAUAUUCCACACUUUGCUGCAGAUCUGCCACUGAACCGAUGUAAAAACCGCUACACAAACAUCCUGCCAUAUGACUUCAGCCGAGUGAGGCUAAUGUCCAUGAAUGAAGAGGAGGGAGCUGACUACAUUAAUGCCAAUUAUAUUCCUGGAUACAACUCACCUCAGGAGUACAUUGCCACCCAGGGUCCACUGCCGGAAACCAGAAACGACUUCUGGAAGAUGGUCCUACAGCAGAAGUCCCAUAUCAUUGUCAUGCUCACCCAGUGCAAUGAGAAAAGAAGGGUAAAAUGUGACCACUACUGGCCAUUCACAGAAGAGCCCAUUGCUUAUGGGGACAUCACCGUGGAGAUGGUCUCUGAGGAAGAGGAGGAAGACUGGGCCAGCAGACACUUCCGGAUCAACUAUGCUGAUGAGGCACAGGAUGUGAUGCAUUUCAACUACACGGCCUGGCCGGAUCACGGCGUGCCUCCAGAAAAUGCCGCGGAGAGCAUCCUGCAGUUUGUAUUCACGGUCCGACAGCAAGCGGCCAAGAGCAAAGGGCCCAUGAUCAUCCACUGCAGUGCGGGUGUGGGACGGACAGGAACCUUCAUUGCCCUGGACAGGCUCCUGCAGCACAUCCGAGACCAUGAAUUUGUGGACAUCUUAGGGCUGGUGUCAGAAAUGCGCUCAUACCGAAUGUCGAUGGUACAGACAGAGGAGCAGUACAUUUUUAUCCAUCAGUGUGUGCAGCUCAUGUGGCUGAGGAAGAAGCAACAGUUCUGCAUCAGUGACGUCAUCUAUGAGAACGUCAGCAAGUCCUAGUUCAGAAUCUGGAGCGGUGAGGACAUGAUAUCUCCGCAUCCUCCUUGCUUCCAGAGUUUUUAUAGGGGCUUUUAGUCACUUUGCUAAACCAAGUCCCUGCUGUGCAGUAUGUGGACAAGGAGGGGAUUUACUUCCUAGAACCGAGAAGACUUAGCCUUAAGGAGCCUACAGUAUCGUUUGGAGUCUUUUCACUUCUAGAUGUUUGAUGGACCAAAUUCACUAGGAUUCCAGAAAGGUCAAGAUACUCCUCUAAGGGCAGGAAGUGCAAUUCUUCCUGAUGGUUCCAUUGGCUCUCUGCUGCUCGGACUGGGUUGAUUUUUUUUUUUAAGUGCAAUAAUUUCUGUAUAAUUGUGAUUUUUUUUUUACAUUCACAAUUCAGAAGGUUGAAUUGUUAUCUUCCCACACCAUCGAUCAGUGCCACAGCCUUGGAAAGAACCAACGUCAUCAUGGAGUUUUAUUUCAUCACUGAAAAGGCAUGGCUACACCGGAAGAUGUGGAGAUGAACCUCCUUCAAAGAAAAUGAGCGCGUUCGCCCCUCGCGCCAUCCUUGAAGCUAGUGGUCAGGGGCAGGCGGGCAGAUGGGGAAGAGAGCAGUUCUACUCACACGUCAGCCAGCUUAUCUUUUCCUAUUUCAAAUAUGAAAACCUGUGUUUCAAAGUAGAGUAGGAAAAACAUUACGUGUCUGACUUAUAGUGGGUUUCUUCCUUGUUGACAGUUGGGAGUUUCUUCCAUGGCUUUUUUGAACUAAUGUCGCGGUCCGUUUCAAACAGCCAGAGCUGAUUCAAUAGUUUUGAGUCUGACUCUGAACUCUGAGAAAUCUUGGUGCCUAGCCUUCAUGUUUAUUUUUCUGUCCACCUGUGUAUACAAAAAAAACGUUUCUCCAAGAGCUAUAGGCUGUAAAAAUGCACUUUCUUUCCCCACCCAGAGGAUGAUCUGGGAAUUCAGCUGUCAAGACAACAAACUCAGCAUGCUAGGACAGUUAUUGGACACCAUCCCUAAGAAUACUGUUGAGUGUCUCUAUGGAUUCCUACAGGAGAUUCUCUGGGUCUUCUUUGCAUUUCUGUUGUCAGACUCAUUUUAACCUGUGUAGCUAGUGGCAUUAUAUUCUUUGGAUUUUGUAUGAUUAAAGGACAUGAUUGUGUGUUGUGACCAUGAAAGUUGUCGAAAUGAA